UUACCGAAUCAAGCCCACUCAUCCUAGUCCCAAUUGUGAUUCUCAGAUUUUUUUUUGUUUUUUAUUUUCUUCUUUAUUUCAUCUGAAUCUCUUGCUUCUCAUUUGAUAUCGUUCUUCAUUUCUCUUCAUUAACACUUACAUUCAGAGAGUUUUCUGGGGAAGUAUCGGGUGCUCGUGAUUGUUAUAUUUGAGGGGUUUUCUUUCUCUCGUUUUUCAACCUGAAUCUCUCUGAAUUGGCCGUUGUUUUUCCUUUUCCUUGGAUUUGGAAUAUUAUUGUUCUUCUUCAUUGAACAUUGGGUUGUUCGUAAUGAUAUCGCCAUGUGAAAUUUUCACUUGCCAACCCCAUUAAUCGAUUUGACCUUUUCUUUCAUUUGGGGAUUUGGGCAUUCUCUCGUUUCCCUGAAUUACAAGAAAUAAGGUUGACAGAGAAGAAUUCGAGGAAUUUCAGAUACCACAAACUGAGGCCAUUAUUAUGGGCUGCUUAUGCUCGAGAGGGACACAUUCACAUGAUUAUGUCGCAGAGAACCAUGUCCAGAAAACAAAGAAAUCCUCCAAAGGAACGGCAAGGAGGGAUCAAAAAAUUGCAACGCAAGAGGAAUGUGGCGAAGGAAACGAUGUUAGUACGAGGUUAAUAUCAUCAGAUGAGAGGGAGAAGAAUGUGGAAACAAAAGGGAAACCUGGGAAUUCACAAAUUACAAGUGUCGAAGAAGGACAGAGUAGGAUGAGGAUGUUGAAUAGAAUAGGUAGUUUGAAAAGAGGAGAGAGAGGAGCCCAAGUUCUUGCUGGCUGGCCUUCAUGGCUAACUGCUGUUGCAGGAGAAGCCAUUAGUGGUUGGAUUCCUCGUAGAUCAGAAUCCUUUGAGAAGUUAGAGAAGAUUGGACAAGGGACAUAUAGCAGCGUUUACAAAGCAAGAGAUUUGGAAACAAAUAAAAUAGUUGCAUUGAAGAAGGUUCGAUUUACAAAUAUGGACCCGGAAAGUGUUCGUUUCAUGGCCAGAGAAAUCAUUAUACUGCGAAGGCUAGAUCAUCCAAAUGUGAUGAAACUUGAAGGCAUGAUAACCUCUAGGGUUUCUGGCAGCUUAUACCUUAUUUUUGAAUAUAUGGAACAUGAUCUCACAGGCCUCGCAGCUUUACCUGGCAUCAAGUUUUCAGAAGAACAGAUAAAGUGCUACAUGCAGCAACUAAUUAGGGGGCUAGAGCAUUGUCACAAGAAGGGGGUGCUACACAGAGACAUAAAAGGAUCAAAUCUGCUAAUAGACAACAAAGGGAAUUUGAAAAUUGCAGAUUUUGGGCUAGCCACUGUGCUGGAAGGCCAAGCAUUGACAAGUAGAGUGGUCACCUUGUGGUACAGAUCACCUGAACUAUUACUUGGAUCCACCAAUUAUGGUGUUGCUGUUGACUUGUGGAGCGCAGGUUGCAUUCUUGCUGAACUCUUCGCGGGCAAGCCUAUCAUGCCCGGUCGAACCGAGGUAGAGCAACUGCAUAAGAUAUUUAAACUGUGUGGAUCACCUUCUGAGAGAUACUGGAAGAAGUCAAAGCUACCACAUGCCACCAGUUUCAAGCCUCAACAACCUUACAAGCGUGUUGUUGCAGAGACAUUCAAGGAUUUCCCGUCCUCCGCACUCAAACUUCUUGAUGUUCUUCUUGCUACAGAACCUGACGAUCGAGGAACUGCCUCCUCAGCACUUCAGAGCGAGUUCUUCACGACAAAGCCGCUUCCUUGUGAGCCUUCAAGUUUGCCGAGGUAUCCACCAAGUAAGGAGUUUAAUGUGAAGCUUCGAGAAGAGGAAGCUAGAAGAAAGAAAGGGGCGACAAGGAAAGGAAAUGAACAAGAGCUUGCCAAGAGUUCUGUAAACCAUAAAGCUGCCCCACCACCUGAUACCAAGUCCCUCCUUUCAGCAGCCACUGAGAAUCGAGCAGGACCGAACCCGAAGCGGAGGCUGGAGAAGAACGGGUUGCUGAUUGAACCGGCAAGCACAACAAGAGGAGCCAAAGUACUGUGUCAUUCGGGGCAAUCCACGGUGCAGAGCGCCUACAUAAAAGUCAUGAAGCAUCGUGAAGCCGCAGGAGAACACGAAGUGUUCGUCGGAACCAGGAGGAAUCAGAGAGCGUACUGGAACACCGCCAACGCCGCGCGUCUCUCCAAGUUCUCAAACUCCGUCGCCGCUGACGGCGGCUCCCGCCUAGAAGUGAUCACCGCCGCCGCAGGUAACUCGUCUGUCUGGGGAGACGACCGCUUCGGCGAGAGGUAUAGGCAUGCGGCUGCCGGAGAAUCCGAACUCUUGCUGCCGGCAUCCAACAAGUCUUCUUUAAACAAACCUCGUGUCAAGGAUUAUGGAGGGAAGGAUGGAAAUAAGUUGCAAUAUUCAGGACCGUUGGUGUCUGCAACAGGAAACCUGGAAGAAAUGCUGAAGCAGCACGAACAACAAAUCCAACAUGUCUUACGUAAAGCUGCUGGUUUUGAUAAUAAUAAGGUCAAGACUUCAUAACUUACUCACCUUCAAUCACAACAUAUGUGAUUCUCACACACAUAUAUAAUACGUACGUUAUUUCUCUUCUGAUACUACUUAAUCAGUAAAACAUUACUUGUGUGUCAUGUCUAUUUGGUGCCCUCUUGACGAGCUUCUCUGAUCAAUUAAUUGUACAUGUUUAUGGGAAACAUUAAUUAUCAUAUCAUAGGUGUACAAAAUGUAUUAUCAUAUUUUAUUUAGGAAGCUGAGCAGUGUAUGUUUUUUUUUUCACUGAGAUUCAAUGUUUUGUAAAGCUGCUGUGUUUCAAUAUAUAUGAUAGUUCCUAGUUCACA